AUGGCCAGUCUGAACACGUCCCUCUCCUUCUUCUUUGCCACCUUCGCCCUCUGCCAGGUGGCCAGGAGGGCGGCCAAGGCCCUGCUCCCCGGGGGCACCUACGCCCGCUUUGCCCGGGAGGUGGUGGGCGCCGCCCAGCUGGGGGCCUGCUGCCUGGAGAUGCGGACGCUGGGCGACGUCGGCCCCUGGGGAGGGGGCUUUGGCCCCGACCUGCUGCUGACCCCGCUCUUCCUGCUCCUCCUGUUGCACGGGGCCGCCCUGGACGGGGCCUCGGCCGAUCCCGCCGUGUCCCUGCAGGAGUUCCUCCUGGCCGAGGCCUCUCUGCCCGGCACGCUGCUGGACCUGGCAGCCCAGGCGCUGGGCAUGCAGGCGGCCUGUGCCCUGACGCGGCUCUACUGGGCCUGGGAGCUCAGCGACAUGCGCGUCCUGCAGACCCUCACGGACGUGCACUGCGGCUCGGCCCUGCGCGCGGCCGUCCCCCACGCGCUGGUGGAGGGUUCCUGCGCCUUCCUCUUCCGCCUGACCCUCCUCCGCUGCCGGAACAGUCUUCCCGUCUACAGGGUGCUGGCCGGGGCCCUGCUGGUCACCAUCAUGGCCUACACGGCUGGGCCCCUCACGUCUGCCUCCUUCAACCCCGCCCUGGCUGCCUCCGUCACCUUCCACUGCUCGGGGCACACACUGCUGGAGUACGCCCAGGUAUACUGGCUGGGCCCUCUGACAGAUGGGAGUCGGGGUCCAGCGGAACUCUGGGAGCUUCCUCCCACUUCUGUCUACACGGGAGCUGCCAUGGCGACGUCGAAGCCGUCAGGAUCCCCUCGGGAGCCGCCUGUGGAGGAGGCUGGGGGCGAGCACCUGUGGGCACGCGCCCGCUUUUGGUCCCCACGGCCUCUCUCGACCGUGAUGAGGGCCCAGGCGGGCGUCCAGGGUCCUGGGACCCAGCACUUCUCCCGCAGACCUGCAGUUCUUCCUCCCAGCUUGGUGCCAGAUCAAAGGAACCAGCACUUCCUGGAGAAAUGGCUGCUUCUAGGGCUGGGGCUGGAAAUACACAAGAUGGUGACCAUCCAAGCAGAAUGCUGCCCAUUCCCCUUGGAACUGCCGUCCGAAAACCGGGCAGCCCUCUGUUGGUCCGUUGAGAGCUGCUUAUCGGGCACCGUCCAUGCGGUAGUGGCGUCUGGCGGCUCCUCAGGGGUUCCAAAGCCUCAAAGCCGACACCCCGAAACUCAAGCUUUGCCUGGGGUUCUCCAGGCCCACAACCUUCCCCGAGUCUGA